AUGGCGACCGUCGAACUUGCGGCGGAGAAGAAGGUGAAGUUGGAGCCACAGAUCAAAUCCGUCGACAUGAGCGAGGAUAUGCAACAGGAAGCAAUUGAAGUCGCUCAAGAAGCAAUGGAGAAGUUUACUGUCGAGAAGGACAUUGCACAGCACAUAAAACGAGAGUUCGAUGCAAAGAAGGGUGCUACGUGGCAUUGCAUUGUCGGCAGGAACUUUGGGAGCUUUGUGACCCAUGAGACGAAGCAUUUCAUCUACUUCUACCUCGGCCACGUCGCCAUUCUGCUGUUCAAGACCCAAUGA